AUGACUUCUCAGUCCUCCUUGAAGCAGAUCCCUUUCUCUGAGCCUCCGUGGCUCGCGGGCCUUCCUUCCCCAUAUUACAAGGAGACGCAUAAGAGAUUUCAGAAAGCAUGCCGGGCAUUUAUCGAAGAACACCUGCUUCCCUUCGCCAUGGAAUGGGAGCGUGAGGAGACAGUUCCGGAUCACUUGUUCCAGACCUUCGCCAAACACAACAUGCUCAUUCCCAAUCUGCCGGCGCCCUUACCUGUCGACUGGUUGAAGAGAUUGGGCAUUCAUGAUAUUCUGGGAACACCGGUGCAAGAAUGGGAUUACUUACACACUGGCAUCUACUUGGAUGAGAUGGCCCGGUCAGGUCUCGGUGGGCCCGGUGGUUCCAUGACUGCCGGCCAUGCGUUUGGGAUCCCCCCCAUUAUCAAAUUCGGAAGCAAGGCCCUGCACGAGAAAUUCCUCCCAGAUCUCCUCCCCGGCAAGAGGCGGGCUUGCAUCGCCAUCACCGAGCCCACGGCCGGCAGUGACGUAGCUAACAUUGCGACGACCGCCACGAAAACCCCCGACGGAAAAUUCUACGUGAUCAACGGACAAAAGAAAUGGAUUACCAACGCCUAUUGGUCCGACUACGCCGCCAUGGCGGUGCGGACAGGCGGUCCCGGCGCCCCCGGGCUGAGUAUGAUCGUGUGCCCGCUCAAAGGACACCCGGGCGUAACAAUGCGACGGCUCAAAGUCGCCGGCCAAAUCAGCGCGGGCACGACCUUCAUCGAGCUCGACGAAGUCAAAGUGCCUGUCGAGAACCUCAUCGGCGAAGAGGGCAUGGGCAUGCGCUACAUCAUGACCAACUUCAACCACGAACGGCUCACCAUCGCUGUGAGCGUGGCGCGGCAGUCGCGCGUCGCGGUAUCUUCGGCCUUCGAGUACGUGAUGAAGCGCGAGGCAUUCGGCAAAGCACUCAUCGAACAACCCGUUGUGCGGCAUCGAUUGGCUAAAGCCGGCGCAGAGCUCGAAACCCUCCAGGCUUGGGUCGAUCAGUUCCUGUACCAGAUGACACAGCUGAGCAAGGCGGAGGCAGAUCUGCGGCUGGGUGGUCUCACGGCCCUGGCGAAAGCGAAGGCCGGUAUGGUUUUCAACGAGUGCGCACAAACCGCCGUGCUCUUGUUUGGAGGCAACGGGUACACGCGCACCGGCCAGGGCGAGAUCGCCGAACGUCUGUAUAGAGAAGUUCCGGGGACCCGAAUCCCAGGUGGCAGCGAGGAUGUUAUGCUCGAUCUGGCGAUAAGGCAGCUGGUGAAGAACUAUCGAAAUGCGACGAAGGCGUUGGAUGCGAAAGGGGGGAGUAAAUUGUAG